UUUUAGAAAAAUUGAUAAUUCCUGGAAACAUAGACACCACUUUUAUGUAUCUGUCGAAACAAAAUUUUUAUUUCGUUCGAAACGGUUAUUUUUCUGAAGUUCGAAAUACUUACAAUUUGGCCAAUAUAUAAGAAGAUCCCCAUAAGUGUAGUUCGCGAGGAAGUCAAUAAGCUUCCGCAUCUAGGUGUGAUUCAUUUGCAUUUGAAAAGUAGUAAUAGAAGAACAGUCUUGUGUAUUUCUUCCCGGAAUCUGAAAUAAAGAAAAAGGACAAUAGAAAGAAUAGACAUUGCAGUUAUCCGAAGAAAGUUUAAUAAGAGACAAGGCCAAAAGAUGCUUGAUUUCGCAACGGCCUAUCGAAAAAAGAUACUUAAACGAUAUAAUCGGCAGAACAGCAUUGCAAGCGUGUUUGUGUUCACGAUCUUUGUACUGCAGAUUAUAACAGCUCUCCUGUCAGCCCAAACAAUAAUUACUCAGUGGAGUGAGCUAACUGUUACAUGGCCAUAUGAAAUAGCGUUUUGCUCGUGUGAAUUCAUGGUUGCAAUCCUAGUGAAAAUUUGCCAGCUAUACUUAGCCAAUAUUUCAACUCGGGCAAAAAAGGAACGUUAUCUGUGGUUGGCCAUCCUUUUAGCGCUACCAUGCCUGCUACUUAUGUGUUGCGGGCUCAUCGCUUGCCGUCUCGUCAAAGUUCGUGUCUACCACAAGCUGGUGUGGAAUAUGAGCCAGCAAGAAGUUGCCGAUCGUACUUACGGCUAUAAUUCGAGGAAUGCAACAAUUCCGUACGUCGACACUUAUCAGGUAAUUUCAAUGGCACACUACGACACAAAGGCCUACGUGAAGGCAGCAUGGGAUACUGUCCAACAAAAAUACGAAUGCUGUGGUUCGAAUGCUCCACAAGACUGGUCCAUGGUACGAAUUGUUCUUCCAAAAUCCUGCUGCUUCGACCCUGAUCUCCCUUGUUUGCGAGAAUCUGCUUUCCGAACUGGAUGCUCAUCGAAAGUGACUGAAAUUUUAUUCGACCAGCUACGUUACCUGGAAGUAACCAUUUUCAUUUUGAUGAUAUUCGAAUGUCUUAUGAUAGUUUUUGUGCUGAUUUCGAUUGUGGGAAGUAGAUUUUUGGGAGUAGUCGAAAAAUACAAGUCGAACCCUCUAAUAUCCUCACCCAAUAAGUCUCUUGUAGUUAAAAAUGACGAAUACUUUCUACCGAUUAGUCUGAUUUCACCCACUGUCAAUAGCAAUGGGUUGAUUCUGGCCGAGCACUUGGGGUAAUAUCUUCAUUGCCGUGAAAAUUCCAAAAACAUGCGUUUCUUUUGUUAAAUUAUUUGAGGUGCGCAUGUCCAUUUUUCCUUCAGGAUUGUUCCGCACACGAAACGCAAAUUAAGUGUAUAUUUUUGUUGUUUUUCUUCGAUUAUUUUUAUUGUAUUUAAAAUAUUUUAAUGCAACUUUACUGCUGCUGCGCUAAGUUGGGGCGCAAUUGAGUGUAUGAUCUCGUUACCGAAGAAAAAUAUGUAAUGAAUAUAAAUAUGGGAAUCUACGCCCAAAUGGAUUUGUUCAUUAAUAAUAAAAAAGUUACGAACAGAA